ACGUUUGUCCUCAUGGGCAUAUUGAGGCAGCUGCUAAAUAAUUGGACCUCAUAAUUCUCUCUGAUAACAGGUUGGUGUCCCAACUCAUGAUAGAACAUGACUGUAUGUUGUGUGAACAGGGUUAGGGAUAGGGUUAAACUUAAGUCAUGAUGGGUUCAAAUAUAAAGUUAAUCAGGAACAAUUCCCUCGGGUUGUAGCCAUGUUAACACGUUGGCAAGGAGUUAUGUUGUGAUUUUAUCUCGUGCAGCUGCAGCUAAGGCCCACCUCAUGCCCUAUCUCAGAGGUGGUACCUAAUGAACCCACCCAUCUGUUUUGAGUAUAAAAAGCCCAGCAGUUUGAGACUCACCACAUCUCUCACCAAGGAGUCAAUCAACCAGCCAACAUGACCAGUCUCACUGCUAAGGACAAGCAAACCGUCAAAGCCUUCUGGGGCCUUGUCUCCAAUCACGCAGAUGAAAUCGGCAAAGAUGCUCUUUCCAGGCUGAUCACUGUCUACCCUCAGACCAAGAUCUACUUCUCUCACUGGAAGGAUUUGAGCCCCAACUCUGAGCCAGUGAAGAAGCACGGAAUCACCGUGAUGACUGCAGUCGGCGAUGCUGUGUCCAAGAUUGAUGACCUGAAGGGGGGUCUGCUGACCCUCAGCGAGCUCCACGCCUUCACCCUGAGAGUGGACCCUGUGAACUUCAAGCUUCUCUCCCAAAACAUCAUGGUGGUCAUGGCCAUCCUGUUCCCUGCUGACUUCCCUCCUGACGUCCACGUGGCCAUGGACACGUUCCCGGCUGCUCUGGCUCUGGCCCUGUCUGAGAAAUACAGAUAAACAGCUGCAGAGGGAGAAAACACUAAAGAUUGCAGCGUGGAAGUUUGUCCUCAGUUCAAUCAAUAAUAAAUAAAUCAGUAAAAAAAAAAC